AUGGAUGUACAAGACGUUUUUGAGGAAUGGGAUGACAGUGAGGUGAUGGAUAUGGAAGAAAUUGAAAGUGUAAUGAACGAUGGGGAAGAGAGAAGCGAGAGCAGUGAAGGAGAAAGUGCGGACUCGGCAGACGAAGAUGACGACGAAGGCAAGCUGCGUUGUAAAAAAUGCAAAAAACAAUACCGGUCUAAAUCGUGGUUUUUAAAACACGAGAGUAAGUGUGAUGGGUCAACGAAAGCAAAAACCUGUGCAAAUAAUAAAAAGAUGUCCCAGCAUCAAAUCAAAACAAGGGAAGUUUUGAGUGGUCUCGGGGUGAACGAUUAUUUUAUCAACAAUGGUUUGCCAGCGAUUUUGAAACUCCUCGAAGAAAUUUGUGAAACCCCCGCCGAUAUAGUUUCCAUAAAAGGUGCGCGGUAUGCAAAGUUAAAACUGCAGGCAGAGGAACUGAAGGAACAUUUACAAAAUAAACGAAAGGCCACGUCCACCGUCGUCGUCGAGAUUUUUCUUAAAGAGGUCACACAAAAGCUGUGGAAAAUCGUCUUUGCCUUCGACCACCUCACACAAACACAAACUUCGACUAGGCAGAGAUAUAUUGCACAACGCCUGACGGAAUUCAAAAUCUCGCAGCCUUUAUUUGCUCGUUGGACGGAAGUUACUAAAGCCUGUGGCAUUACCGAUGAAAAGCUUUUUCUACAGAAGAUAAUUUCAGCGGUCUAUGAGAAUAUAAAUGAGUUCCGGUCUACUUCCGUCAAGAAGGCCUUGGAUAUCGCAGACAAGUACAAUGGCGAAUUGGUAAACAAGACCGUUCUGACAGCUUCUGAUAAAUCAGUUGUCGCCUAUGUUGCUGGCUAUGUCUGCAGAAAAACUAAAGACAAGCUACAACGUUAUUGCAAAUCAAAUGAAAGUUCAGCGACGAGAAAAGUGCAGGAAAACUGUGCAAGGUUAGCGAGUAUUGCUAAAACGUUUAGCAAAAAUUUACCUGGUGUCGAACAGCAAACUCCAUGUCUGUCCUACCCUAACCUUAUCACGCUCACUCUAAACAGAGGCGGACUUACGACGGUGGAUCCGUCCACUUUUGAUUUUUUUCUUGCCUUGAAACUUCCAUUCGACCUUAUCUCAAUAUAG